CAUAGCGUACAGCAGUUCUGCUUGGUUUUCCACGCCUACUUUCUUUUGAGUUAAUCCAAGUUAAAGUGUUAGGCAGAGAAAGGACCGCUGUUUAGGAGAAAAAUCACCUUUUGGGGCCAAGACACAGCAACGGGUCAUUUAUAUCCACAUCAACCGAAUAAUGUCUUCGAGAGACAGAGAGGGACAGACACACCAACACCACCACCACCACCACCACCACCAAGAAGAACAACAACAAAUAUAUGGAUGCACCAGGACGACACACGCCGACGAGAAGUUUGUAGACGUCAUGGGGAGCAUGGUGGAGUCUCCUCCAUCACUGCCCCCUUCAUCCUCUUCCUCCGAUUACUGUCCUCCUCCUCCUCCUCGUCCUGCUCCAGCAGCAAUGCCCUUCACACCUGGGAACUGUUCUGAAGACCCGCCCGCCAGCCAACAGCAGCCUGAUAAUACUGCAGGAGCACCAUCAGAUGGGGCUAUAGAGAACACGCCGAUUCAGGAAGUUUCCGGAGCCCCCACGCAGGAGACAUGCACAGAUGAAGCAGAGAAGGUAAUUCUGGAGAAUGCCGACAAGCUGAAUGAGCCAGUGCAGGAGAGCAGAGAUGGAGAAGGGGCGGGGCAUGAGGAGGCGGAGCAAGGUGAUGCGGCCUGCGCGGGAGGUAAAGGAGAGCCUGACGUUACCGCCCAGUGACACUUUAAGGAUGAAUGAGACGCCAGGAGCAGCCUCCCUGGCAAGCGCCGCCACUUUACUCCACUACACGAGUACUGUGUGUUCUGUAACCGAUGCUGCCUUGAAUGCAAAUGGACAUUAAGGGAUGACUGAUGAAGGAAUAAUGUGCGUUUCCUAUCCCUCAGUUCGACUGAAUGAAAACUAGGUAUGUGUGAUACGUGUAGGUGCGUGUAUGAAGUCUCUGAGGCUCUGAGGGAGACGCUUUAUUAUUAUUAUUAUUAUUAUUAUUAUUAUUAUUAUUAUUAUUACCCUUUAAUAAAAAUAUCUGCUUGGAGAAAAAACCUCCA